AUGCAGGUCGCCGUGCCACUCCUUGCCGCGAACUCCGGGUCAUCGAGUCGAAUCACUGUUGGAGCAAGAAAUCUACAGCGCGGAUCACACGAAUUACCUGGUCUAUACCAGCCCGCCACUGAGAGAACGGAAAUUUCAACUUCACCACUGGCUGUUGAUGUUGCAUCCUCAGACCAUGCAACGCAUGUACAGAAGGUCUUCCUAGCAGCAAGGGCCACGUUGCACAGGGAUAUGUUCGCAGCUUCCUCUCCGGCCAGUUCGAUUGAAUCUCGAAUGAACCUGGGUCGAGAGAGCCCACUCCAAACACGCGAUGGCAUCAACUUGAGGGAUCAAAACGACCACGAUGAUGUUAGCACCAGAAAUUGGAGAUACUCAACUGCGCCGUCAGACUUGGCUGCUGCCUCAACCGAUGUUCGAGAGCCACUUCCAUCGCCCACUCUUCCUGAGGUACUCCACAUCGCACAUAUUGGUCAAGCGAUUGAGCACAGUGUAGAGCCUGUCAGUAGUGGCUUUAAUUCCCCCAACGUCCUCGGGUCGAUGCAUGGCGCUGAAAGAGCCACGACUAUUGCAUUGCCGUCGUCAGACACCAAGCCUGAUAGUGACAGCGAAAAUACCCAGAUGGAUACUACACCAGCAGCAGAGACUGACGAGGUCGUUCUGGGUCGUCAAAUGACGCAGCUCAAAGUUUCUACUGAGGAUCGUGAGCAGGUAGCAAGGGAAGCCCGUCCCACCAGCGGUCAAUCCACGCGGAAUUCAUCUGACACAUCCAGAAGGUCACGUUCGGAAAGCUCACCCGAAAGGGAGAUCUAUUUGUCGCCAACUGCUGAGGCAGCAGCUAACUCAGCCAAAGCGAAACGAAGGAGGCUCAAGGAAGGAAGAGAUGGCACUGGCUACUUGGACACAAGUGAGCGUAAUGACAUAGACCAGUUUGCCAGCUCGCCGCCUGACACAUUCACACGCCGAUUCAGCUCGAUGACGCCUUGUCCAGAUCCUUUGGCUCAUCAGCGAGAUAUUGCCGCGGUGCAACGGCCUCUGUCCGCAAUGAGUACGAGUCUGUUGGUCUUGAGCGAUGAGAGACAUCCAGCAUUGCCUGGUGUUGCAACCGUCGGCCUCCCACGUGCCACAGCCACAGGUAGCCCCAUGCCGUUCAUCAAAUCCAGAUUUCGACCAUUAAGUGCUCGAUGUCAGCCCCAGCACUCGCCAUCGAUUGUUCAGCCUCAUGGCACGUACCAACACAUCAAUACACUCAACGAGCAUUUCCGUCCUGGCUGGUACUAUACCCGAGAUAUUUUGUCACCUCCCGAGCAUCCGACCUAUUCCUUCUCCACAGCAGCAUCAAAGGUUGUUGGCUCGAGCCAAGCUCCUGAUUCACGAAUUCGCGAUUCCUACAAGACGGACACCUUGACUGCGUUGGCAAAGCCACAGAGUCGCUACAGGAAGAAUGGUCUCGGAGCAGAACUUGCUCCGAGAGGUGUUGGUCGAUUUUACCCAAGGCCGACAUCCUCAGCCAGGCCUCCAAGUGCAAGAACGAGGGCUAGCAGCAGGCAAACAUAUACUAGCGACGAUGACGUGCAAUUUCGAAGCAGUCCACCACGCAGUCUGAAGCCAGAGCAGCAUGGUUUAACGCGGCGCAAGAGAGCUAUGGACGACCUAUUUGUUCUAGCAGAAGACCAGUCUACCACCAGUCGCAUGGCAGGUCCUGACCUGAGGAUGAAUGAGAGCGAUGAGAUGAUGGAGAUUGACGAACAGACACGAGCAGCAGUACGAAUUAGCAUCUUUGGCACUAACACCCCAGAGGCUUUGCGGCAAGCUCGACAAGGUAUCCAAGAGUUGAGUCCGAACGUGCAAGUGUUUAGGAAAGGGACCCAGGAACACUCGCACCUGCGCAAAAAGAGAAGGCCAAGCUACUGGGACAAUGAUCUGAAGGAGAUCAGAGAAUCGCCUGCAGGUCGUGGUGGAGUCAAUUCUCCUGUCUCCGCGCAAGCGAGCAUGCAAGCAGAGUUUGAAAUUGCUUCACCUCCUAAUACCGAAAUGGAUAUUGACGAAAACGGCUUAAUCGACGACGUCACAAGCAUUACAAUAGAGCUCGGAAACGAAUGCAGUGGUGUUAAGGAAAGGUCAGCAAAUUUCCCUGACAAUAUCGACCAGUAUGUAUGA